CUGAAUAUUUUGACCCCCACAAGAUGUGGCAAUCAUUAUCGAACAUGGGUGCCACCCCAUUGUUGGCACUUUAAACUCCUUAAUUUCAACUACUUUAUGCUCUCUUCUUAUAUAUAUUAUUACAAUGCAACAUCGACUUUAGCUAGCAACUUCAGACAGCUACUUAGUAAAAUUCCAUGUCCAAAAACAUAAAUGACCAACCUAAUCCUGCAAAUGAUCAACCCCUGUCGUGGUCUAAUCCUCACCAUUUUCCUCGUCUUCGUCUUUGUCCGAACCACCACUGGCGCGGCCGCUAAGCCGCCAUCCGAUGCGCAACAAUUCUUGUCCGUGCAAAAUGCGGCACGGGCGGCAUUGAAGCUGCCACCGUUGGUGUGGGACCCGAAAAUAGCCCGAUACGCUGCCUGGUAUGCGAACCAGAGACGGGCCGAUUGUGAGCUGGAGCAUUCGAAUGGACCGUAUGGUGAGAACAUCUUCUGGGGGAGCGGCAACCGGUGGACGGCUGCUCAGGCUGCGGCAGCGUGGGUGUCGGAGCGGCGGGAGUACAACUACUGGUCGAAUUCGUGUGUAUAUGGGCAAGAAUGCGGGCAUUAUACGCAGAUUGUGUGGAAGGAUACGAGGAGAAUGGGGUGCGCCAGAGUGGUGUGUUAUGGUGGGAGGGGAGUUUUCAUGAUAUGUAACUACGAUCCACCUGGGAAUUACAUCGGAGAGAGGCCUUAUUGAGAGGUGUUAUAUAUAUAUAUAUGUCAUGAUUUGAUGAUAUAUAUUAUUUUGUUUUUGAAAUGAAUUAAUUGAGAGCCUUUUGAUGGAUCUGUAUAAAUAAAGUUGAAAUAGGAGUUGAGCAUAAUAUUGUCGGAGACUUUCACAACGUUUGUUGGAGGGAGUGGGAUGAGAAUGUUAUGAUUCAUUUUGUACUAGAAUGUGAAUGUUAAUCUGUCUUAAUUACACAUGCAAAUCUUGUAAGAAACAUCAGCUGGUUGAUUGUUUAUACUCUCUUUUGCUCCGGAGCUAGCUCA